AUGACAAUGGCCACGCCCAGCAGUAUCCAGGACUAUAUCAGUCUUGCGGGAUUGGUAGAGACAGACUUCAAGUUUCAGGGUCUCAAAGAAGAGCUGUCACACUACGACGCCAACUCGAAAGAGUACCUCACAGCGCUGUAUAAUGCAAUGCCCUUGACCAACCACGCCGACUACCGGCAGUUUCUAAAAAAACAGGCGGUUGCCGUUUCGGAAGCGGACUUGAAGCUCGGCCUCAGCCCUGUGUACCGUAAUUCACUCAGUCCAGACCACUUGGUUUCCACGAUCCAUCCGAACCUAUCCACGUCCUACGAUCUGUUCAACUUCGCCGUGGAACGGUUUCCAGACAACGACUGCCUUGGACAAAGGGUGGCGCUCGAUGGCACGGGGAAGUUGAGUAACAAUUACGUUUUUGAGACCUACCAAGGAAUUCAAGAUCGAAGUCGUAAUUUGGGAAGCGGAAUCAUGACUGUGGUAAAUCUCAAGCGCAAGCGGAAAUUUGAAUUCAACGAUUUUAUCGUGUGUUUUUUGUCUACUAACCGUAAAGAAUGGAUUAUCUCGGACUUGGCGUGCCAAGCCUACUCCUUACCCAACACGGCUCUCUACGAGACCCUCGGAUUGGACACUUCAGAACACAUCCUAAAUAUCACUGAGUCUCCAGUUCUUAUACUAUCCAAGGUGAAUCUUUAUAAGGCCUUGGAGAUGCUUCCUAAUUUGCCACAUUUGAGCACGCUAAUCUGCAUGGAUGAAUUGACCUCGGACGAGCUAGCUCAACUCAAUGGACCUUUGCUACCUAAACGGACAAAUGGGAACGGUGAGCACAUUUCUGUAAUCACUAUGAGACAAGUGGAGGAAAUCGGGGCCAAUAACAAAGUUCCUAUCAUUCCACCGACGCCAGAUUCGCUAUACACUAUUUCUUUCACCUCGGGAACCACCGGAACUCCCAAAGGUGUGGAAUUAAACCACAGUCACAUUGCUGCGGGGAUCACACUCGCACUAUCAAUCUUCCGCAUACCUGCCGCUAAGCGUGGCAAUCAGUUAUACGACAUGUGCUUCUUACCGCUAGCACAUAUAUUCGAGCGUAUGAUAGUUGGCUAUGGAUUGUCAGCUGGUGUUGGCCUCGGAUUUUUACACAAAGCAGACCCGGCCGUACUAGUCGAAGAUUUGAAAAUAUUGAAACCAGAUUUCUUGUCCUUAGUGCCCAGAGUGCUUACCAAAUUUGAAGCUGGCAUCAAGAACGGAUUGCAAAGCGAAACCACAUCUACCGUUUCCAAAAAUGUUGCACGCAAUAUUCUGGACAAGAAACGCGUAAGGUUUCAGAGUCGGGGAGGGCCUGACCAUUCGAUUGUGAACUAUAUGGUGUUUCAUAAAAUUCUCAUAGACAAGAUUCGGGACUCUCUUGGACUCACCAAUGCAUCAUUCCUGAUAACAGGUUCUGCGCCUAUUUCAAAUGAUACGCUUCUAUUUAUGAAGAGCGCACUCGAUUGUGGUAUCAGACAAGGUUACGGCCUUACCGAAACAUUCGCAGGUGUAUGCCUCAGUGAAGCACAUGAGCGGGACUCCGGAAGUUGUGGGGGGAUGGCUGUUACUACUGAAUGCAGACUGAGAUCGAUACCUGAAAUGGGUUAUGACGCGGUGCGCGAUUUAAGAGGAGAAGUUCUACUCCGCGGUCCACAGAUCUUUUCUGGGUAUUUCAAAAAUCUUAAAGAGACUAGAAAAGUUUUGAGUGAAGAUGGUUGGUUUUCCACAGGUGAUAUUGGUUAUAUUGAUUCUAAGGGCCGCUUGACCAUUAUAGAUCGGGUAAAAAACUUUUUCAAACUUGCACAAGGUGAAUACAUUGCCCCUGAAAAGAUCGAGAAUAUUUACUUAUCAUCUUGUCCUUACCUUUCCCAAAUUUUUGUGCAUGGAGAUUCUUUGCAGACUUUUCUGAUAGCUAUUGUUGGUUUAGACUUGAGCAUAAUCACUCCAAUAUUGCACCAAAAGAUAUCAGGAUUAAAGGGGACGUAUGGACAAGAGCUGAUCAAAUCUCUCAAUCAAAAUCGUGAGUACAAAAAGGAAUUCUUAAAGUUGGUGAACAGUUUUGUCAAAGGUCUACAAGGGUUCGAGAAGGUGAACAAUUUGUAUGUUGGUAUUGAGCCUUUGACACUUGCUGAUGAUACGAUUACACCCACUAUGAAGGUCAAGAGGUCAAAAGCAGCUGUUAGGUACAAGGCAGUGUUAGAUUCUCUCUAUAGCGAAGGCUCUCUCAUUAAGGCAGAGAAGCUAUGA